UUAUUAAAGAUUUUGAGCAAUAUUACUAAAUUUGAAUAAUCAUACUCAAAAUGGGAGAAGAAAUAAUGAAAAAGACGAGAGAUACUCUCGGAAAGAUUAUUAAAAAACCUCCACUGACGGACAAGUUGCUUUCAAAACCACCGUUUCGAUUUCUACAUGAUAUAUUCACAGAGGUGAUCAGAACAACAGGAUUUUUAAAUGGACUGUUUACUUCAUCAGAGAUGGAUUCUAAGAAUGUGUCUGCAAAAGAAGAUAAAAUGGCAUUUCUUCAAAAAGUUAUCGACGUUGUGUCAAUAGUAUCUGGUGAUCAAUUAGCUGCUAGACCAUCAAAAAUCGUCGCAGGACAUGAACCUGAGAAAACUAACGAAUUACUUCAAGCAAUUGCUAAAUGUAUUCAUAAAAAUGUUUCAUCAGAUGAUGCAGUUCAACAAGUCCUCACUGGUAAGAAAACAUCAUCAAAAGUUCAAGAGAAACCUCCCACUGGAUCUUCAAAAAAGAAAGAAGGAAAAGAAAACAGGGAAAGACCAGAUGAACAAAGAAGGAAGAAGAAAGAUAGAGAUGAAAAGCCUGAAAGAGAAAAAAGUAGCGAUCGACGUAAGAGAUCAGCUGGAAAAGAAAGAAGAGAACGAAGUAGAGACAAGGAGUCAAACAAGGAACAAGGUGCGGGCGAAGGAAAUGAAGAAAAAGAGAGCGUACGUAGCAGAGAUAAAUCUCGAGAUAAAGAUCGUCAUAAAGAAGAACGAUCUAGAGACCGAAGAGAGAGAAAGGAAUCCAAGACUAAAAUAAAGCCGAUACAAAAAGGUAGCCCUAAAAAAAAUCAGGAACAAAAGUCACCAACGAAAAAUCUUCAGAGAGUUCCAAACAAGGAAACGAAAUCUUCAAGAUCAUCGCUUAGAAGAAAAAAAUCUGAUACAGAGGAAUCCCGCAAUGAGAAAAGUCGCCGCAAAAAAUCGUUAUCCAGGAGAGAAGAAGAUGUUGAACGAAAUGAAAUGGAAUCUGAAGGAAGGGAGAGAGAGAUAGAUGGUGAAGAGGAAAGACCCCAAGCCCCUGAUAAUCAAGAGGAACAAGCAGAAUCAAAUGAAAAACCUGCAUCUAGUCGUCCACCUCGUCCUGCGUCUGCAAAAGGACACAGAAGAAGACCAGCACCUGAUAGAGGAUCACGCGGUGCACCAGUAGAGGGACAAGAUUCGAGUCCUAGUGAUAGAGCUCGUUCAAGGCCAGCACGACCACCGAGUGCAAGACCAGCUGCACCAAGAGUACGUCAGAGACCUGAUGCUGCAGAAGAAGAAAUUGCGAGAAUGGAAAGUGCAGGUCGACAAAGAACUGCUCCCAUUAUUGUAGAUCGAGGAAGUCGUCCUGCAGGUAAAGGAAUGUCCUCCAGCGAAGAUGAAGAUGAACAAUUUCUGGUACAAGAAGAAGAUGUUCAACCACCGGAGAUGGGAAAGUUGUCUCCGAUGCUGAAUGGAAAUGUGAACGGUGAUGUAGAUGAAGAAGGAGAGCAUGGAGGUCUCGUCAGGAAAAUUCUAGAGACAAAGAAAGAACUUGAAACAUCAGCUGCAAAAGGAACCAAUGCAAAGAGAAAAACGGAAAUUGAGAGAUCACCUGUUAACGAGGUUCAGCGCAGGAAAGAGAGAGAACUAGUGAUGCGUGACAUUGAAAAAUUGAGAGGAUCUGUACAAAAGUUGUGCAGGAGCGCUGUACCGCUCGGAAAAAUUAUUGACUAUAUUCAAGAAGACAUGGAUUCAAUGCAGAAUGAAUUAAUUCAAUGGAAAAAAGAAAAUAAACAACAUGCUGCUAAACUUAAAGAAGAAGAAAGUAUCACUACCAAAACCAUCGAACCGUUACAAGCAGAAUUAGAAGAAUUAGACCGGAACAUUACUUCUCAACUAGACAUGAUUGCAGCCAGCAAGUGCAAUGUUAUUCGAAAUCAGGAAAAAAUUGACAAAAUGGUUGCCGGUGUAACUGCACAGUCUUAGACAUUCGAGUUUAAAUAUAAAUGUUAAUUUAUACACCAUCAAGUGUGGUCCAAGGAUCGAUGGUAGGAUUAAUGAAUGGUGAUUUAAUGGCCCAUGCUUUGAAGAAUAUAUCUCUUGGAAUAAGCUUCGACAAUAAAUCCUUAAUUUUUUUCAAAUUGGUAAAUCUGUUUUUUAUGUUAUUUUAUAGUUAUCGGGUCGGGAUAUUCGUUCUUUUAUUCUUACUGGAAUAUUCCCUUUAUCAAAUAUGAAAAUAUUUUGGAACUCAUUAGUACUCUACUGUCUCUUUUUCUCUUUUAUUUUGUGUAUUUUGUAAUUUUCUGUAAGUUUUGUAUUCCGCUUUAGUUUAAAAAUAGGUAAUAUAUGUCAAGUUGCACAUUUUCUCAGUUAUUUUUUGUUGAAAUAUAUUGUUCUUGUGUUUUUUCAUUAGAUAUAUAAUUAUGGCCAUUUAUUGGCAUAUUUAGAAUUUUGUGAUGUAGCUUAAAAAUUCACAAAUGAAAAAAAAUGGUCACAAUAAUUUUGACGGCAACAUUUAUUACACUCAUAAAAUUGUAAUAUUCGAAGGUGCGAAGCUAUUUACAAAAUGGGUAACGAACUCUUGUGAUUGUAGCACUUGUAAGUGAAAUUUUGAGAUGGUCGAUUGUCCCGCCGUUUUUCCGACCUGGAUCUUAAGUGAGCACUGCUUGAUGGUUAUAAAUGUACUGUACUGUUAUUUUGUUUACACUAUAUUCAUGCCUAAAAGUAGAUAUGGCACUGCGUUAUUGAGAAUAAAGUUUUAUUUUUUGUACAUUUGGGUGAGAAU